AGUGAUAGCUGGUGGUCCAAGCUAGGGGUUUGUGCUGUCUGAACAUUUGGAGUGCUAUUACUGAAAUAUAAGGUUUAAAUUAUAUUAAAUUUGACUCAAAAUUGGUUAAAAAAUAAAUUAAAUUUGUCAUUCAAUUAUACAAUAGCUGGUUUAAUUAAGCCUGCUCACCACCACAAUGGCAGAAAGUCAACCCUUCUGUCUGUCUGACCCUAUGUCAAGUGAUGUAAGAAAACGAGUUACAAAUUUAUUUAAGCAUCCAGGGAAGGUUCAUUUUGGAGAUGAGGAAGAUAUUAAAAACCAUUUCCGAAACCUACAAAACUAUAGAGAAAAAGAAAUUAAAGCAUGGUGGCAAAAAGAGACUCUUUUGCAAUACUCAACUGAAGGGAUAGUACCAAGGGGCCUAAGAAUUACGAAAAAGUGGCCCACCUUCAGUAGAGAUGAUGCAGAGUUUAUGCAAGAAUGGAAAAAGAUUUUACAAGAUUGCUCCAUGAACCUGAUUGAGUUGAUAGUAAAACAAAAGGAAAAGGAAUUGAGUAAUAUCAAUGCUGAAAUAAAUGAAAUACAGAAAGAUUUGUCCCACUUUAAAACCAGUGAAUUCUUUGAUGGUUUAAAUGACCAGUUGCAGAAAUAUAUACAAACCUUUGAAAGGAGAGAGAUUGUGCAAAGACAAAAUAAAUUUGAAAGAGAUCAAAUGGAUUAUAAAACAGGACAUAUUUAUUGGUGGAGAAUUGAACGGACUGAACGAAGUAACUUUAACAAUAAAACAAUUUUGAAAAAUCGCAACUAUGGAAAAGCUAAAUAUAACAAUUACAGAGAUGAUACGAUUACUGUGCAAAGCGAUUCUUCUUUUUCCAGCUCAGCGAGUUUUUUAGAAAGCCACGAGGGCCUGGCGUCCCCUGUACAAACAAAGAUGGUGGAAGUAGUGAAAGACCGCGAGACUGUGACGCAACAGGGACCCGCAAGCACCAGCGGGAAACCAAUACCCAGAAUGCAAGGCGGACCGGGAGCCACCAGCGCCAAUAUGGAUGCGCAGUAUCAGGAGGACCGGAGAUACCGCCAAACGGAGAUGCCUUACCCGGAGGAUCGGGGAUAUCGGCAACCGGAAAAGCGCACAGUCUGGAAUCAGCGGUACAAAGGGGACAGACCAGUAGGUGGCGAAAACAACUAUGGAGAACCGCGAAGAUCAAUGCGGCAACCCAAACCGAAUGCGACACGAUACUGACAUUUUAUUUACGAAUGGCCAUAAUGGAGUGGACUUUCACAGAGACACAUCCAUGCACAAAGAAGUUAAAGGCAACUGGUCAAACCACAAGUAUGAAACACACAUGCCUGCUGAUACAACCACUAAUAAUAUUGAAUUAAUUGAGUAUGAGAACAAACCAUUGAAAUUACCAGGACUGGCUACCGCUGAAUUCGCCUCUAAUGAAAUGACAAAUGAUACAGAUUGGGACGAUAAUUCAAUUUUAACCCAACAUGAAAUCGGUUUAUUCUUAAUGGAUGACGACAAUGAAAUGAUAAAUAAUGAACUGUUGCAACCUGAACAAAUAUUGAGUACGGGUGAUUUGGAGGGUGAUAAAUGUAAUGAUGAUGAUCUGUUUAAAAAUGAAUUUUCCAAAGGGGAUCAAGGUGAUUUGUAUAGUGAACAAAUUCUGAAUUUAUCAAAGUAUAAGCUGCAUCUAGAUGAAAUUGAAGUUUUAAAAAAAGGACUAAAUUUCUGUCCAACUGCGCAAAUGAAUCAAUUUAAUGCUUAUGUGGAUGUACAGAAAUUUAUUAGAAAAAUAGCGUUAAAAAAUUUUUUGCAGAUAAAAAAGAGGGAUUAAGCUCGGAUACCUCAUCCUGUGCGAAGGUUGGAAGGCUGAAUUUUAAUGCACAAGAAUUGGAGAUUAUUGAAUUUAUGGAGCAAUGUCAGAGGGAAGGAGAAAGUAAUGAACUGAAUAGAGAGGAUAUACAAUUCCAAGACUCCAUUAAGCAUAGUGGUUUAAAACAAAAUUCAACCUUCCAACCAAAUGUUCCCCCAGGAAGUGGUAUCUUAAUGUAUAGAAAAGCAGUUGAACAAGAUCUAGCUAAGAUUUUCUCUCACAGUUCAUUAAAUUAUAGGUAUAAAGGGAACAUGACUUAUAAACAAAAAAGAGCAAUAUUGAAUUUACAAAAAAAUGAUCAAAUAUGUAUAAAAAAAGCUGACAAGGGAGGUAAAGUGGUUAUCUUGGAUAAAAAUUAUUACAUUAACAUGGUUGAAGAGAUUUUAAAAGAUGGUAGUACCUAUGAAUGUUUAAAGAAUAAUCCCCUGGAGAAACAUAAAAAGGAAAUGAAAGAAAUGUUAUUGUAUGCUAAAGAUUGCGAGGUGCUCGAUGAGACAGAAUACAAUUUUAUAUGGCGUGAAUAUCCUGUCAUGGCACAUAUAUACGCACUACCAAAAGUGCACAAAGAUGCACUCAAACCACCCGGGAGACCGAUAGUCUCCGGAAUCGGAAGUUUGAGUGAAUGUCUGAGUGAAUAUGUUGACUAUUUCCUGAAGGAAAUAGUGGUUAAAAUGCCAGCAUAUUUAAGAGAUAGUCAAGAUGCCAUGAACAAAAUUCAUACUAUUGCAUGGAGAAAACAAUAUGUUUGGGUAACUCUUGACGUUCAAUCUUUAUACUCCAGGAUACACCAUGUAGAUGGAUUGAGAGCUACUAAUAAAUUUUUAAAACAAUAUUUACAAUCAGAUGUCCAAAUCAAUUUCUUGCUGGAAGCCAUUGAAUUUAUUCUGUCUCACAACACCAUGUCCUUUAAUGGUCAGCUUUUUCGCCAAAUAACAGGCACGGCGAUGGGAACGAAAUUUGCGCCCUCAUACGCCGGCCUGUUCAUGGCAAUGUGGGAGGAUGAGUACGUCUUUGGGGCUGACAAUCCAUACGAUGAUGACAUAGUAGGGUGGCAUCGCUAUAUAGACGAUGUCAUCAUGGUAUGGAGUGGCCCGGAAGAUGACUUAAAGGGCUUCCUAAAUUAUGUGAACGACAAUCCAUAUGAUAUCAAAUUUACUAUGCAAUAUCAUGCCAAUCAGAUCGAUUUCCUUGAUCUGACUUUCUAUGUAGAAAAUAAUACAAUAAUGUCUAAAUUAUAUAGAAAAAAGAUAGCAGGAAACACUAUUUUGAGAAAAGAUUCCUAUCAUCCUUUACAUACAGUUAAAUCUAUUCCUUAUGCUCAAUUGGUGAGAAUCUAUCGGAACUGUACAGACAAGGAAAUCUUUGCUCAACAGGCUAAGGAAGAAUGUAUUAGGUUAAAAAGUAGGGGAUAUAGUAAAAGAGACAUAUCAGA